AUGUUUGUACAGUUUGAGGUUUUGUUCAUGGAUCUCAACUCAUGUAGUGAUAGGCCUUGUCCCGACAACAAAGUAUGGCGAGAACCAUCGAUUGGUGUCAGCCGGUGUGAGGGGCGAGGGUCUCAAAUCUCUACUCAAGUCAAGUCUCUCUCUACCAACUCUCAGGGUUGCUACUUCAUGGAGACGAGCUUGAAGAUGCUUUUUCAUGUUCUUGCCAUUUUUAUUCUCCUAUCAGACCCUUUUGCUGUUGUAAAUGCAAACUCUGAAGGUGAUGCUCUGUUCGCGUUCAGAAGAGCUGUCAAAGACCCAAACAACGUUCUACAAAGCUGGGAUCCAACUUUGGUGGAUCCAUGUACAUGGUUCCAUGUUACCUGUGAUGAUGAUAAGCGAGUUACCCGAGUAGACCUCGGAAACGCAAAACUGUCUGGCCAUUUGGUUCCAGAGCUAGGGUGGCUCCAGCGCCUUCAGUUUCUAGAACUGUACAAGAAUGAUUUGAUGGGUCCAAUACCAAAGGAACUUGGAGACCUCAAGAACCUGGUUAGCUUGGGUCUCUACCAGAAUAACCUCACUGGCUCCAUUCCCUCCAGCUUGUCCAACCUCUCCAGCAUCAAAUUCUUGCGACUCAACAGCAACAAGCUCACUGGAAGAAUACCGAGGGAACUCACUAAGUUGAGAAACCUCAAGAUUUUAGACCUGUCAAACAACGAUCUAUGUGGUACUUUCCCGACAUUCGGCUCCUUCUCUAAGUUCUCUGAACAAAGUUUCAAGAAUAAUACAAGACUCGAAGGACCAGAAUUGAUGGGAUUCGUCAGAUAUGAUACUGGAGAAAGCUGCAAAUGA